UUGAUCUUCUUCGAGUCUUCUAGAAGCCUCGCGUCCCCUCCGUUGGUUGAAGCCGAGGGCGUUCCGUUGUCGUCCGCCCAAAGCUUUGUGCCAAACCUCCUCCAAUCCAUGUCCUUCGUCUGAUCUCAGCCGAGUCCGGCAGCAUCGCCUACAGGUGAGGGAGCAUGUCAAAACUAGAAAUUGCAUCAAGUGAAGGUGGUACUUGGUGUUGUUCCAUUUGCACAUAUGAGAAUAGUCAACGUUUUAUUGCUUGUGAACUAUGUGGAAUUCUUCGGAAUUCCUCUGUGAAGUUUGAAAUUGAUGAUCAAGCAGUUAACAGAACAAGCAUGAAUUCUGAAGUUUCUCUCAUGGGCAGAUCAUUAUUUUAUCAAUCAUCUAAUAGGAUGCCCAAGGAAUCUGUCAUCUGUGCCAGCUUCCUUAACAAUAAAGCUGGUGAACCGCUUGAGAAAGGACAACUUUCUGCACUCAUUGAUCUCCAGAACAUAUUUUUGUCUCCAUGUUGCAAUCAAACCAAACAUAUAGAAGCCUUCAGGUUUGAUACACCAUCCCCAGAUGAUUUAGUUUCUUCUGGGAAGAGCACAAGAGCUUUUGACAAGGUUGACUCAAUGCUUUCAACAUCUCUGAAGAAUAUACGAACUGCGACUAGGAAAAAGGGAAUAGUAGAACUUUUACCUGACAAUCAAGUGCCAGAGAUUUUGGUGGCAUCAUCUUUGCCAAACUCUCACAAUGAUAAUGUAAGUGGAAAUCCCAGUAGUUCGAGAGGGGGAAGUCCCAACAGUUCAAGAGAGGAAAAACAAAAGUUAGCUAACAAUCUCCAAAUCUUGAAGUUAGAGUACUCUACAACUAGUGGACAUGAAAAAACCAAUUCAGUUUCUGACUACAAACCAGAGGAUUGGAUGCUUUCUGACAAAGGAAGAACCAUAAACCAGUUAAACCUUGCAAUUGUAGGUCAUGUUGAUUGUGGAAAAUCCACAUUGAGUGGAAGAUUGCUACAACUUUUGGGGAAAAUUUCUAAGAAAGAGAUGCAUAGAUAUGAGAGAGAGUCAAAGGAAAAGGGAAAAAGUUCAUCUGCCUAUGCAUGGGCAUUAGAUGCAAGUGUUGAGGAGAGGGAAAGGGGCGUAACAAUGACAGUUGCUGUUGCAUACUUUUCAACAAAAAGAUACCGUGUUGUUUUGCUGGAUUCACCAGGUCACAAAGAUUUUGUUCCAAACAUGAUAUCUGGUGCAACUCAAGCAGAUGCUGCAGUUUUGGUUGUAGAUGCUGCUAUGGGUGCAUUUGAAGCAGGUAUGGGUGGCAAAAUUACUGGACAAACUAAGGAACAUGCACAGCUUAUUAGGAGCUUUGGUGUCGAGCAAAUAAUAGUAGCAGUCAAUAAGAUGGAUCUUGUUGACUUCUCCAAAGAUCGGUUUGACUAUGUAAAGCUGCAAUUGGGCCAUUUCUUACGUACUUGUGGAUUCAAGGAAUCAUGUGUGACAUGGAUUCCUCUAAGUUCCCUGGACAAUCAAAAUUUGCUCACAACUGCUUCUGACAUUCGCUUGUCUUCUUGGUACCAAGGAUAUUGUCUUCUGGAAGCCAUUGAUGGUUUACCACCUCCUCAGCGGGAUUUUUCAAAGCCAUUUCUUAUGCCUAUAUGUGAUGUUAUUGUUAAACAUUCAUCAGCACAAGUAGCUGCUUGUGGGAAAAUAGAGACUGGAGCUAUUCGAAUUGGUUCCAAGGUUAUAGUCAUGCCUUCAGGAAAUCUAGCUACUGUAAAAAAUAUAGAGAGGGAUUCUUCUCCUUGCAAUGUAGCAAGAGCUGGUGACAAUGUGGCUGUCAGUUUACAUGGUGUUGAUGCAGGACAUGUGAUCCAAGGUGGAGUUUUAUGCCACCCAGAUUUCCCUGUUAACAUUGCAUCUAACUUAGAGCUGAAGGUUCUCAUCCUCGACAUUGAAACUCCAAUUAUUGUUGGAUCUCAGGUUGAGCUCCAUGUACUUCACUCGAAGCAAGCUGCAAAGGUGGUAAAACUACAGUCCCUGUUAGAUCCAAAAACAGGACAUGUUAUAAAGAACACACCACGUUUCCUCGUAGCCAGACAGAGCUAGUCUAGAGGUGGAACUAGAUGGAGAUUUAUGUGUAGAAGAAUUCUCAAGUUGUCGGGUUCUUGGACGGGUCUUCUUGAGAGCUUCAGGAAUCACAAUUGCUGUAGGCAUCAUUACUCGCAUUCUCCAACAGCGAUGAAUGUCCAACAACAAAAUCAGUGCGUUGCAACUGAUUGGAGAACAGUGACCACAUGUUCAUUUCUCUUAAUCCACUUGGCAUGCAUACCUUUGUGCACCUAUGAGGCCGCAGGAGCAGUGCUCUGGGUGUUCCUUCUCGAACAUGAUGCGACACAGAAUGCACAGCCAAAAGCUGGAUCUUCACGAAGGAUGAUAAUGAAAAUUCUACCAUCAUGAAUGGAAACAGUUAAAUUUUGGUUUGACGGAUAUUCAUUGUUUCCUGGAAACCAAAUGUUCAAUAGAUGGUGUCAGUUUAGGAGAACUGAGCCAAAGUUCUCCAAUCUCUUCCUGUUUUGAAUGCACAUGAAGAAGAUGAAGAUCUCCAACUAACAAUUUCUUCUGUGAUAUAUAGGUCCAUUUCCUGCUCAAAGUUCACAUUGUUUUGCAAACGAAGGGAAUCAGAAAGAAGCAAUGGCAACUUGCUCAGUGACUGAAUGACUAGUUAAUUGGUACCCCUCGCAGUUGUUGAAUGGUUGGGUUGUGGAUGGUAUUAAAAUGGUCCGAGCGAAGGAUCUCAUGCAACUUGAUAAAACGACCUCCCCGGAUUCUGGCAUCUAGGCAAAUGCUUACAUAUCUACUUGAUAAAACGAAUUAUUCUGCAGAAUUAUUUGUGAUUAAUAUAUAUAUAU